GGAGAUCAACGCACUUGAUCAUAAGUAAGACUGCUCAGUACUCAGUGAUACAAUUCUUUCCUCGAACAGUGAAUUCGUCGCACAAGAUGACGCGCCUAGCUGGCAAUAAUGCAAUGUUGAAUGGUCAAUCAAAUAAAAAAGAGAAGCUUGGGCGCUCGAGAAUAUCCAACCUGCUGAGAUGGCAAGUGUUGGGACCAUUUUAUCGCAAUUAUUUCCACCCAAACCCAGGUGGUCAGUCGAUAAUAUCCCUGAUCUAACUGGAAAAGUUGCGAUAGUCACUGGCGGAAAUGUUGGAAUCGGAAAGGCGACUUGUAAACAUCUGUUGCUCAAAGGUUGCACCGUUUGGUUAGCGGCUCGUUCCAAGGCCAAAGCGGAAGAGGCAAUUGCGGAAGAGGCAAUUGCGGAAUUGAAACAGGAAACUGGACCAGAAGCGUUGUUUUUGGCGCUUGACCCGAAUGACUUGAGAGCGAUAAAAGAGUCUGCGGAAAAUUUCAAGAACCAAUCCACUGCUCUUCACAUCUUGAUCUGUAACGCUGGAGUUAUGGUCCCUCCUAUCGAACAACUUACUUCUCAAGGUUACGACCUCCAGUUUGGCGUCAAUGCCCUUGGACACUUCCUUCUUAUCCAACACCUUCUUCCCUCUCUCAAGACCACCUCGAGCUCUGUGUCAGAAACUCGAAUCGUCUGGGUCUCAUCCUCCGUGCAAUAUAGUUUUCGUAGUCCACCUGUAAACUAUGAUAUCCUUACCGAUACGCCUUCCCGCAAGAGACUUGGUACGCAGCAACUGUACUGCCAAAGCAAGUUCAUUACUGUGAUGCUAGGAUAUCAUCUGGCCAAAGUUCUCGCGACGGAUCAGAGUUCGAAUGUUAUCUGCAUAGUGCUAGAUCCUAGUAACAUCAAGACAGAUUUGCAACGUUAUCAUAGCCCUAGCCUAUUGAGAUCAAUCAUGAAUUCGGUAAUACUCUACCCCGUCUCAAAAGGUGUUCUGUCUCAGCUAUAUGCUGCAACAGACCCUGCAGCUGCGCAGUACAAUGGCAAGUAUUUGCGACCUUGGGCACGUCUUGGCGAGCCACAUUCCAUGACCAAAGAUGAAGCUGAGCAGCAAAAGAUGUGGGAUUAUUGCAUGGGGUCUAUUCAAGAAUACGAAUGAAUACUGGUAAUAAUACUCAACCGCUUCGUUAUCACAAGGUAGCAAAGAGUGUUAUCCGAAUGAUAACGGUGAACUGAUUCGAGCUCACAAACGCGCGCGAUUCUCAGACCUACAUAUUGAACCUCUUGAGAAGAUUGUCAAAUAACCCUGGAG